GCGCAUGCGCCCUGCGGCCAUGACAGUAUGAAGAGUGCAGUGUACAAGUAGCGUCAGAGAUGAAGACUCCUCCUGACAGGUCAGGAAUCACUUUUGAGGUCGGAGCACAGCUAGAAGCCCGAGAUCGACACAAGAAUUGGUACUCAGCUACAAUUGAAAAAAUUGACUAUGACAAAGAGCGGGUCCUGAUCCACUACCGGCAGUGGAGCCGUCGACAUGAUGAGUGGUUUAAUUGGAACUCGCCGUAUCUUCGGCCGCUGGAGCGAGUCAGUCUGAGGAGGCAGGGCCUGAAUCCACCACGUUCACACCCGAUGUUUGUUUCAGGCACGAAGGUUCUGGCCUGUUGGACAGACUGCCGGUUCUACCCGGCCAAAAUCCUCAGGGUCAACAAAGACGACUCCUACACAGUGCGUUUCUAUGACGGCGUGGUUCGGACCGUGAAGCCCACCAAGGUCAAACCCUUCCAGGAUAAGUCCAGAUCUGAGAAGAGUGCGGUGGGAAGCGAGGGAUGGGAGGAAGGAGAGAGCGAGGAGGAGGAUGGUGGCGAAAGAGAGGAAGAGGAGAAGAAGGAAGAGGAGGUGGAAGAAAAUGUGACAUCAGAGGUGAAGGAAGGGGCUGUGGAGGGGGGGGAGGAGGAGAGGAAGAGGAAGGCAGAACCUUCAUCCUCCCAGCCACCAGCGAAGAAGAAAACAGAUGACAGUAGAAGCAGUGUAGCUCAGAAUCAGCCAAUCACAGCUGACUCCGCCCAGCCACCUGCUCCUAACCCCGCCCACAUCGACAGAGACGUCCUGUUGGAGCGUCAGGCCCACCUGCCCACCACACACAAGUUCAGCAGGGAGCCAUUGUACAGAGUGAUAAAGAACCAGCCUCCCCCCAUCCUCUCCAUCGAGCUGGACCACAACCCUUUCAAGUGUCCUGCAGCGGACUGCACCAAGUCGUUCAGGAAGGCGAGUCUGCUGCACUACCACAUCAAGUACUACCACUCGGACCAGCAGCUGGACGAGCGAGGCGGCGAGCAGGAGGCACCGAGGAGGAAGCAGUCGUCUUCUGAGGGAGCCGACUUCGUGCCAGACAGGAAGAAUGAAAACCAGAGUCUCACCUGUCACCGUGAUGACAGAGAGCACAGCACUGUGCUAACAGAGGUGAAGAAGGACGGAGGGAGGGAGAAAACUGGAGGACAGAACAGAAAGGACAGGAAGAACUUCCUGAGAGUCAAACUAAAGAAGAAGAAAAAGAAGAAGAAGAAGAAGAAAAGUCAGUCAGGACUCGGCAGCAGUGACGAUGAGAUGUCAGACAGACCUCCGAUCACUCUGAAGCUGUCCACAGGACACCACCACACACACACACAAGUUGACGACGGCAGCGACUGGUCGACGCUCACAGCGGAGAGCGGAGAGGACACGCCCUCCUGGCCUGUUGCCAUUGAGACAGAGGAGUGUGAGGUGGUGAGGUGUGUGUGCGAGGUGGAUGAAGAGAACGACUUCAUGAUCCAGUGUGAGUCGUGUCUGUGUUGGCAGCACGGCACCUGUAUGGGUUUAUAUGAAGAUAACGUCCCAAAUAACUACAUCUGCUACUACUGCAGACACGCUGCAGGUUGGAGGCGGGCCCAGCGUUUCCUGUCCGAGCCUGAUUUGCUGAUAUCCGGUCACAUGUUUGGCCUGUCGUGUGUGAAGGAGAACUACUCGGAGAUCAACGCUUCCAAGAUCACACACACCAGCCGUCUGCUCGCGCACACACACGGGCUCGAUCAGGUCCUCAGUGGGCUGCAGCUCAAAAUCAGCCUGUUACACUCUCCAUCCCACCCCGAUCUGCAGCUGUGGAGGUUGCCAUGGAGACGCCAAGAAGGGCCAAGAUUGACGUCGAGCCCAAGAGGAGACCCUGCCGUCUGUUACGUCAGCAGCGAGCACUGCUACCAGAAGCCCGGAGCAUCAUGGGAAAAAACUGAGGAGAGAGAAAAGGAAAGGCAAACGGCUGCAGUGAAGCAGGAACACGACGCUGAGCAGAAGGAAAUACAGCCUGAAGACAUCAACAGGCCGGUGACUGACACCACGGCAGAUGACAGCGGAAACACUGCGACGCACGCAGACACACACGGCGACAACAGCAUAAAAACGGAAAAGCACACACACGCAGGCUGCGAGGAACACGCACACGCUCAGACACACAUACCUGAGCCUCGUCCGGCGUCUGUGGCCGAGUGUCAGCUGAACCUCCUGGACCACGUCGAGUGUCUUCACCACCAGAUCAGUACCAGGAUGGACCUGAUAGAGCGAGAGCUCGAUGUGUUAGAGUCCUGGUUGGACCACUCGGGCGAGCUCGAGCCCCCUGACCCUCUGUCCCGACUCCCGCAGCUCAAACAGCGAAUCAGGCGGCUGCUGCGGGACCUCUGCACCGUGAGAUGCCUGUCCGUCUGCCGCUGACGCUUCCGCUUCCUCCUCUCUGACCCCUGACCUUUGACCCUGCAUAGGAACAAACGGACAGACAGACUGACUGAUGAGGCCCGCGCACGACUUGACGGACUUGUCGGGAGCGAGCCGUAGAGCGUGCCACUCUGAGUCUGGAGGGAAAACUGUGGUUUGUUUGCACACAGUCACAGGACAGCGCCCCCUCUGGUGGAGGAAAGGUGCACUGCAACGAGAGACAAAAAAGGGCGACUUUUCUAUGAAGUGACUGAAGAGGUGACUUUUGUAGUGAAACACCAGCUGUGUUAGCGUUAGUCAUAACAGCUUCUCUGAGCUUCUUCCUGUUUCUCUGUGCUGGUCCAUCGACUGCGCUGUGGCUUUUUUCAGGACUGUUCAUUUCGUUUAGUAAAGCUUUAAUGAAAACCGGAAAAUAGCUCUCGCUAGUGUGCUAACUGUUAGCUAGCAUCCGCUGUCAGCUAACACGUGAGUUAGCUGAGUUGCUAAUCUGACAAUAAUUUCACACAGUGGAUUUAAAAGUUGUACUUUUAGCAUGGAGCAAAGUUCAGCUCUGUCAGGACAGUUUUGUGAAUUUUGUGUGGUAAAUUUGUGCGUCUCUGUUCACCAGUGCUGAUUUACUCUGCUCCUGUUAGAGACUCCAGCACCGCAGCACACCGUGAGGCAGGAGCCAGAACUUUACAACUGAAAUCCAUAACUCGUCCGUAGCUACAGGUUUCAGUGCCAUCAGUCUGCUGCAUCAUACACACUGACAUGAACCACGCACACAAAUGUAUGUCACACAGACUCACAAAAUAUAAUCAUCUAAACUUACAAUAGAGUGAUGAGUCUCCAGCUGCAUUUAAUGAGAUGGAAACAUGUAAUGAAAGACUGAGAAAUCAGCUGUAAGCCUGGCUGUGUGUCCGUGCUCAGUCUUCUCGCCUUCUAUGUUGAUAUUUUUCAGGUUUAGAUAAAUUCUUCUACUUUUUUAGAUUCAUAUCAAAGCUUUUCAUUUUUUUCUACCGAAUAUCUUUUUGACUUUAUAGACAAAAGUGUCAGCGAAGACAGAGCAUGAAAGUUCAUUCUUGGCCUUUGGGAACAGUGUGUGUGACAAAAUAAUCUGAGCUCACAGGUUCACUUACUGUAGCAGUGUUUGGGAGCUUUCAGCAGCAUCUCAUGGCCUUCUUCGGCAUGUCCAUCUGGCUCCUAAUAAGGUUUCGUGUAAGUGAGUUUCUUUGAGUCUCAGCACAUUUGAAGCAGAGGUUGCUCCUGAAGAACUCAUCAGAUGGAGAACCCUCAGUCCAGUUUCAGCCAAAGUAACCAGCAAAAGCUUCGUCUGUUUUAAAAUGGGAAACACCACAGUUUUAAAAUGUAAAUAGGUCUAAGUGAAUGUUUUAUAUCAGAAGCUGAGUGUAUAAAGCUGCAGAUUUAUUUUGAUAGAAAGUUUGGUUAUGGUUCUACAGCGGAGUUUUAGGGGAAAUUGGAGAUUCCUAGAAAAAAUAUUUUGGGAAAGAAGUUGGAAUUUCAAAGUAUCAAAAUAAGAAGUGGUUAAUUAUUGUUAUGUAAAUUCUCAAAAUAUCACAAAUUACAGCUUUUCUCAAAAUGUGACUCGUGUCUAAAAGAGUUGGGACGUUUUUUCUCGUCCUUUUAUUCAAAAUGACGACGUUACUCUCAGAAUGUCCAGUUGUGGCCGUUAUCCUCUCAUCUUUUUCUCUGAGGUGUUUAAUCACCAGUUCAGUUUGACGUGGGGCGUUCAGAAUCCUACAGUGGCAUCCUGUUAAUCUGAUGCAUUUACCUGAGUGCAAACACAUGAUUGGGUCGUGUGAUCAUGCUGUUUGAUUUGACGAGGACCAGCAGCUGAGAUUCACUCACGUUUUCUUUUUUAUUUCCGUUUAAAGUCGAGGACAUUUUUUCUGAGGAAUUCAGACUGAAACGAUGAAAGGACACGAAUGUGUCGCGUUCAGGACGUUUUGUGUUAAACUUUCUUCAGAAACACAAACAUCCACGGUUGUAGACAAGAUUUUAGAAACACUGAGGUCAUGAGCAGAACCCCUCCCACCUCAGAAGAUUCUGAUCAGCUACCAACCAUCAAAUUAAUUUUACUCAGUAUUAUUAUUAUUAUCCUGAUUAUUAUUUUCUCCCUAUUUUCUGUAACUUUUCUCUCUACAUUAUGUUCUGGUGUCAGUAACAGAGACUGUUCCAUUCAUUUUUAUUAAAUGUUUGUUUUCUCCCUAAACGCAGUCAAAUCUGUUUGAACUGGAAAACUGGGUUUAAUAUGAGUGUAACUGUAGAUAAUAAACUCCUGCUCACGUCAUGAUCCACCUCACAGACCCGCAGAAACAUGAACAAACAUGUUUUCAGAUCAGGGUCAAACUAAC